AUGUUCAAUUACAAGUACCUCAGCCGCGAACACCUUGAAGGGUUCGAUAAUUAUAAGUACAUGGCCAUAGACACCAGUCCUCUGAGUGUUUAUGUUAUGCAUCCUUUUUGGAACAAAGUUGUAGAGUUCGUACCAAAAUGGGUGGCACCAAACGUGUUAACAUUCGGCGGAUUUCUGCUCGUCGUUCUGAACUUCUUACUUCUCUCGUACUACGACUACGAUUACUACGCCGCCAGUACGCCACUGUACAACGAAACCGUCACCGAGUCUCCUUUGAACGGCCAUGUUGAAUUAAUACCACAAUCCUUAUGGUAUUUCAUCGGGAUUUUCUUGUUCUUGGCUUAUACUUUAGAUGGCAUCGACGGUAAGCAAGCCCGUCGCACUCAGACCUCGGGUCCACUAGGAGAACUAUUCGACCACGGCCUAGACUCAUACACAGUAUUCUUCAUACCGGCCUGUCUAUACUCCAUCUUCGGACGGUUAGACUACUCUAUACCGCCUAUCAGAAUCUACUACGUGAUGUGGAAUCUCCUCCUAAACUUCUACAUCAGUCAUUGGGAGAAGUACAAUACUGGAGUACUGUUCCUACCGUGGGGAUACGACUUCAGUAUGUGGGCGUCGACAGCGUUUUUCCUGUGGACCGGUGUGAAAGGCACGGGUUUCUACAAGAAGUACAUAUUCGCCGGGUACACGCUAGCCAACGUGUUCGAAGUAUUAAUCUACGCUACGGGUGUUGUCACUAACCUACCGGUCGCCCUCUAUAAUAUUUAUCAGUCAUAUAAACUGCGCACAGGCAAGAUGCGAUCAACAACGGAAGCGCUCCGCCCUCUGUGGUCGUUUGUAACGAUGUUGGCAGUGUGCUCCGUGUGGGUCCACAAGUCUAGUCGACUGCCCGAGUACGACCUCAGGGUGAUAUUCCUACUCAUCGGGACACUGUUCAGUAAUGUCGCUUGUCGUCUAAUAGUAAGUCAGAUGAGCAACCAGCGCUGUGAGAGUAUCAACGUGUUGCUAUGGCCCCUGAGCGUGGCGGCCACCGUGUCGCUGCUGUCGCCGCAGUAUGAGCCUGUCGCCUUUUAUGGCGUCACUCUACUUACUGUGCUUGCUCAUAUACAUUAUGGAGCUUGUGUUGUACGUCAGAUGUGCGAUCACUUCAGAAUAAACUGCUUCUACAUAAAGCAGAGGUCAGAUUGA